GCGCGCGGCCGCCGUUGGCCGUUAGCGCGGCUUGGGUGGUUGUCUUGGAGAACCAAGAUGGCGGCGACGACGGCCGCGGUGGUGGCGGAGGAGGACACGGAGCUGCGGGACCUGCUGGUGCAGACGCUGGAGAACAGCGGCGUCCUGAACCGCAUCAAGGCUGAACUCAGAGCGGCUGUGUUUUUAGCACUGGAAGAACAAGAAAAAGUAGAGAACAAAACUCCUUUGGUCAAUGAGAGCUUGAAAAAGUUUUUAAAUACAAAAGACGGUCGUUUAGUGGCCAGUCUUGUGGCAGAAUUUCUUCAGUUUUUUAAUCUUGACUUCACCUUGGCUGUUUUCCAUCCUGAAACUAGCACACUUCAAGGUCUUGAAGGUCGGGAGAACUUAGCCCGAGAUUUAGGAAUCAUUGAAGCGGAAGGUACCGUGGGUGGACCCUUAUUAUUAGAAGUGAUUAGACGCUGCCAACAGAAGGAGAAAGGACCUACCAGCGGGGAAGGUGCGUUGGAUCUGUCCGAUGGACAUCCUCCUUCAAAGUCACCUGAAGGAAAAACAAGUGCCAACUCCACCCCAAGUAAGAUACCAAGGUAUAAAGGACAAGGUAAGAAGAAGACAAGCGGGCAGAAGUCUGGUGACAAGAAGACCAGCAGUGAGACCAGUCAGAGUGAGACCAGUGUCUCCUUGUCAGAGCCACAGAGCAAGAGCAGCCUGCACUCGCUGGCCCAUGAGACAAGGAUUGCGUCCUUCUUGAGUAACAGCGCUUUAGACGCCAAAGACAAAAGUGCUCUUUGUCCAGAUGCAGACGAUGCAGAAGGGGAUUCUUUCUUUGAUGAUCCCAUUCCCAAGCCAGAAAAAACGUACGGUUGGAGAAGUGAACCUAGGAAGCAAGUGGGGAGUCUGGCUUCACUUUCUGACAUACCCCCCUUAAGGAGCGGUCUGAGCUCCCUGGCAGGCGCCCCUUCGUUAACAGAUGCUGCUGAGAGUAAAAGAGGAAGCACGGUCCUGAAGGAUCUGAAAUUGGUCAGUGAGAAAAUUGGAUCACUUGGACUAGGAACUGGAGAAGAUGAAGACUAUGUUGAUGAUUUUCAUAGUGCUAGCCAUCGCUCAGAAAAAAGCGAAUUAAGUAUUGGUGAAGAAAUUGAAGAAGACCUUUCCGUGGGCAUAGACGACGUUAACAGCAGUGAUAAAGAUCCUGGUUUAAGUCCUAGGCUGGCCUUGAACUCAGUAUGUAGCUCAGGAAGGCCUCAAACUUGAAGCAAGUCUCCUGCCUCCACCUUUCAGAUGCUAGGUGUCUUAGCUUGAUGACCUCACACAAGACCUGACUGUUUCCCAGCUCAGCGACGUGGCCGAUUAUCUGGAAGAUGUUGCAUAGACAGGAAAAGGAAGUAUUGUGAUCAGCAGAAGAGGAAGGACUUGUCGGCUCCAUGGUCCCAGUCAGUCACUCUUGCUGGAACGGACGCUCCUGCUGGUGCCUUGCAUUUCAAAAAGACUGCAGAUAUUUUUAAAAGUUAACUUUUCAGUUUAGUAAACAAAAUACUUCCUAUAUGAGCCCGUGUCUAGGAGAUUAAUAUGCUUGAUUUGGUUUAGCUUUAUAUCUCCAAGGAAAUGGUGUUCAGGCUCAUUAUAACAAGGGAACCCCUGAAAUAUCAGUGUUAAAGAGCAUAAAGAGGGAUCAGAAUAGCCGAAGUUUGUGUCACUGUGUCUCCGGCUGCUGCCGAAAUCUUUGAAACCUUAGUGUUAGCCAUCCUGACCCACACAGUGGGCAAAGUUGGUGAACUGACCUGAUAAAUCUGUGAUGCUGAAACGUACAAGGUAAAUCGAUGUCUGAACUUUAUUUUGUAUUUCCUUCCAUUUGGAAGGUUUGUUAGACCAUUAAGGUUAAAGUUCUCUGUGCUAUUAGUUUUGCUUGUUUUGAACUAGGAGUGGCUUGGACUCUUAAUUGGCAAACUUGUCGGUAACAGUUAACAUUUAAGGUCGCAUUUCACCUGCUGUCUCAAGCAGCUCUAGACGCAGAUUACUUCAGUCCAGUCUUAACUUAUUAUUUCUAAAGAUGCCUUGAAACAUCCAACACCAAAAUGCAUCUGAAACCAUUAAGCAGUGCUUUUAUUUCAGAUCUGUAAGUUGAUUAUAUUUAAAUCCAAAUUGGAAUGAAAUAGUAGUAAUGGCCUAAGACCAUGUAUAUUCAGUUUGACAAACUUUAUACACUGUACAUAAUUGUACUGUAGUCGUUAAAAGAGUCAAUAAUAGAAUUUCUGGCAGAUUUAAUUUGUGCUGUUGUAUGUAGUGCUGCAGGGAUAAAGGCCACUGGCAUUUGUAAUGCUAAAAUAUUUUAAAUGUGCAGGUAAGAACUCAGCCCUUUGCAUACACCAUCAUACCACUAAGUAAAAUUUAGGAAUUGUGAAACUUUGAUACAUUUUAUUUUAAUUAAGAUUGUUAAAAAUUACCUUUAUUAAUAAAAAGAGAAAUUAGAAAUCACCCAUCCAUGUUGAGUGAGUGAGCAGAAGCUGUGGUUUGUACCAAUGCCACUUUCCAUUCCAUGAUUUCUGAGUAGAGCAGUGACAUUUCUCAGCUACAAGUGCAGAGGAAGUGAAAACGUAGUAAAGCUUUGGGCUCUGACAGUAGAGUCUGGCUCUCUAAAGCUAAGUGAAACUGAACUAUAAACAUCUAGAGGAAGUAGGACAGAAAGUGGGCCGGGCGGCCUGGAAGCCCCUGUGUAUUUCUGUCCUCUGUCUACCCUGACGUGGUGCUGUCUGUUCUUCAUGCUUUACCCUUAGAAACAGUGCUGUCUGCUGUUAGAAACUGUCUUACCCUGUGCUGUCUCUUGAAUGCGUUGUAGAAGCACUAGAGCUGGUGGGCCUCUGGAGUCCGAAUCAAACGUAUGAUUUUACUGUUUGGUAGGCACUGCAAGUGAGGGAGCUGACCUACAAGCAUGGCAGGAUGUGGCUUUCUCUAUUUGAGGAAGACUUUCCAACAGUCAAGUGCGAAAUCUGUCACUUUCUAUUACCCAGUGACUGACCUUUUGGUGAUUCUGGAGAGGGUGGAGAGAAGAAGCUGAACGGCAGCUUUGUCGUCAGUGCUACAUAAAGGUAUUGAGUCACUCUGAAUAAUGUGAGGUUCAGCAAGGAGGAAGUUGUUUCCAGGUAUUCCUUGCUUAGGUAUUGUUAACCUGAUAUACUUUAAUGUGUAAAAUGACAGAUUCUGCAUAUAAUAAUGUUUCUUUGGUUUAAAGUGAAUUAAAAUGUUGACCAGUGGUAA